AUGACGUACGACCAUCACUUGCGCGCGCCGCAACGUCCUCUUAUCGACUUGAUCCCAGAUGACCGCCAUGAUGUCGAUGUUUCCGACGAAGAGGCCGACUUCUAUGGCCCCGACGACGAUUUCCUCACUCCGCUGAAGUGGGAGGACGCCCUCACACGCACCGCCGACCGCAUACCGCGCCGCAUCAAGCGCUCCCCCAGGUUCUACAGUGCCCUCCUCCUUGUCGCCCUCGUCACCUGGUGCACGUUCCUGGGCCCGCGAUUUUCGGCCUACAGGCAGGAGUUGAGCCUGAUGAGCAAUACACCGAUCCUCAGUUUUGGCAACAAUGCGCAACCGGCCUUCAAGGGCAUGAUUCAGGUCAGUGACAUGGACCAGGAGCAUCUGCCCGAGAAGCACAAGCAUAAGAGGCUUGUCUUUGUGGGCGAUGUUCACGGCUGUCGCAAGGAACUCGAGCAUCUGCUGGACAAGAUCGAAUUCGACGACGAGCGCGACCACCUCGUCCUGACCGGUGACAUGAUUGCCAAAGGCCCCGACUCGCCAGGUGUCAUCAAACUUGCCCAAAAGAUGGGCGCCUCCUGUGUCCGCGGUAACUGGGAAGACAAGCUCCUCCUCUCCAUCGCCGAAGCAAAAGAGAAUAUCCUCGUAACGGCCAACACCGCCACGGACUCCGGAACCUCUCCCGUGAACCCAGACCACCCUGACGCCGUUGCCCCCUCGCAAAACGCCCAUGCCUCAUCCUCCCUACACAAACUUGCCAAAAAAUUCACUAAGAAAGAAAUCGCCUACCUCCAAUCAUGUCCCGUCAUUCUACGCGUAGGUACUGUCCCCAACCUAGGUACUCUAGUCGCCGUCCACGCUGGGCUCGUCCCAGAGAUUCCCCUUGAGCGCCAAGAUCCAUUCCACGUCAUGAAUAUGCGUACCAUUGACCUCAAACCCCGAAUCCCGAGCUCGAAACACAGCGGUACGCCGUGGGAGAAGCUGUGGAAUCAUCACCAGAAGAAGCUUCAUAAGAAGGAGAGGGUCAGCAUUGUGUAUGGGCACAAUAGGAAGAAGGGGUUGAACAUCAGGAAGUAUACAUAUGGUUUGGAUACUGGUUGUGUUAGCGGUGGAAGGCUUACUGCCCUAGUCGUGGAUGGAAAUGGAGAGAAGGAGCUUGUACAUGUCAAGUGUGGGAAAGAGGGUGGUUAUGAUGCAGAGUAG